UUCUCUCACAAUUUAUAUAAUAUUUGUUGUGGUGAUAUUGCGAACAAUAUAAUUAUUGCAUCAAAAAAAGCGGUUGAAUAAUUGACGAGAUAUGUUUUCUAUGGGUUUCUGAGUACAUUUAUCGUUUUUCAUUACUAUUUUUAAUGUUCGUUCGUUCAUUUUUAUUUUAUUUAUUUAUAUUUCCAUUCGGUUGAGAAAUAAUAAUAAUAAUAAAUGUGUUCCAUUUAAAUGGAAAUAUAAUUUUUGUUAGCUAUGUGCUUUUUUCAUACUUUUUGUUGUUAUUGCUGUUAUAAGUAUUUUCAACUAGUUACACGUACCGUGAUGUUUUAGUAACGUGUCGUUUUCGGUAUAAUUUUUUUUUGUUAAAUUCGACUCGCUGUGUUAUUGUCGUUUAUUUCAUUUAUUCUUUAUUCGGCAAUUUUCAUCAGUCAGUGCUGAGUAUUUAUAUUGUUUGAUCGUAAGUUUAUCAACGUUUUCUGUGUGACUGAUAAAAUUUCGUUUGCUGGAAGAUUGUCUUCUUCGCGUGUUCUAAUAUUGUUAUACGGCUGUGAGUUAUAGCAUCUUGAUAUACCGAGAAAUAAACACACUCGAAAUGAGAACGAAAACCAUCCAUCGCACUAAAAUUGUAACCAAUCCGUUACCAUUGGAACUUUUCGAAGUCGACCAGUGCAAAAUGACAACAGAUCCGCAAUACUUUAGUCUACGCUGGAAUAACUACCAAAGCAACAUGACUUCUGUGUUUCACCAGCUACUGCAAACACAAUCAUUUGUCGAUGUUUCGUUAGCUUGCGAGGAUAACACACUAAAGGCUCAUAAGGUGGUACUAUCAGCCUGUUCAGCAUAUUUUAAGAAAAUCUUAUUGGACAAUCCAUGCAAACAUCCUACCAUCAUAUUACCCUCAGAAAUUUGCUUUUCGGAUCUGCGAUCCAUAAUCGAAUUUGUAUAUCGGGGAGAAAUCGAUGUGUCGGAAGCUGAAUUGCAGGGAUUAUUACGUACAGCCGAACAAUUAAAAAUCAAAGGUUUAUGUGAAGUGUCCGAACGAACGGAUUACAAUGAUAAUUCACCGAAACGCGGUAGAGUUAAACGAUCGUGUUCAGACGAUCAAAGUCAAACUGUAACCACCGAACAGUCCGUGACUGGAAAUGUUGAAACACCACAAAAGUAUUCGAAAAGUGAUCAUACGCAGGGAUCGUCACCUGUAUUAGUGUUAGAGCAACGAGUGCUAACUCGCGGCAUUGAAUCCAAAGAAAACAAAAAUAUGACAAGCUUAGGAAUGAAUAACGGUGGCAUAAUGGGAGUGUCAAUGGGAUUUUUAGAUUUUGCUCCUGAACCACCAGCACCAUCCGCCACACCAGUAACAGAACACGUUGAUUUAAAUUGUGCUCCCAGUAGUGAUACGCGUGACUUAUCAAGCUCUACGCCAAAUGGAGAGGUUCGGGUCAAAUUUGAAACGCUUCGUUCAAUGGAUCCCGAAACGUUGGAAAUUGACGGUCACAUUUCGCAGCAUUCCAUUCAUCAUUUGGACUUAUUUUCCAAUAAACAACCAGCUGAUGCUAUUAUCCUUAAAACUGAACAGUUACAACCAUCACAAAAUAAACCGCAACAGGCGAUGGUGAUGGAAAUAGAUGCGAACAACAUUAAACAUGAACAAAGAAAAGAAAGUGUGAACAAGGAUGAACAAAAUAUGAUAAUCACACCUGAAAUAGUUACAAUGAUGACUUCUGGUCACAUGGUGGACAUGUACAAUUCCGAAUCUAGUGAAGACUCCAAGCUAAAUGGCAAUCCGUCCGAUGGACAAUUACAGUACACAAAUCUCGUUUGCGUCGGCCAGAAGAAAGAUGAUUGCGGCGGCGGACAAAAAACAUGGACUAAAGAGGAUAUGGACUCAGCUCUGGACGCGCUGCGUACGCAUAAUAUGAGCUUAACGAAAGCAUCGGUCACAUUCGGUAUCCCAUCGACGACAUUAUGGCAGCGAGCCCAUCGAAUGGGCAUCGAUACGCCGAAGAAAGAGGGUCCCACCAAGUCGUGGAGUGAGGAUUCAUUAAACAGUGCAUUAGAUGCUCUGCGAACGGGCCAAAUUUCGGCUAACAAAGCUUCGAAAGCUUAUGGCAUUCCAUCGUCGACGUUAUACAAAAUUGCGAGAAAGGAGGGCAUCCGAUUGGCAGCACCGUUUAAUGCUGCGCCAACCACAUGGACACAGGAUGAUUUAGAACGUGCUUUAGAGGCUAUUCGAACGGGAAAUACGUCGGUUCAGAAAGCUAGUACUGAAUUCGGUAUACCAACUGGUACAUUAUAUGGACGCUGUAAACGAGAGGGCAUCGAACUGUCGAGAUCGAAUCCAACGCCUUGGUCAGAAGAUGCAAUGACGGAUGCAUUGGAAUCAGUUCGAGUUGGAGAAAUGUCCAUAAAUCAAGCUGCCAUUCAUUACAAUUUGCCAUAUAGUUCGUUGUAUGGACGAUUUAAGCGAGGAAAAUACGAUAUUAGUGGUUUAGAAACAUUAAGUACCUCACAAAUGGACCAAAGUCCAGAUAAUUCGUUCCAAUAUAGUCCGGGUCCAAGUUCACAGCAACCACAACAGCAACAACAACAACAGCAGCAGCAACAACAGCAGCAGCAGCACCAACAACAGCAACAUCUGCAGCAACAGUUGCAGCAAACACAUCAACCUCAACAAAUAAUUUUACAGCAACAGCAAAUCAUAGUAUCGUCACCGUCAACCAAUCAUCAAAUCAUUUAUCAUCAAACCAUCAAACCUGAACAAAGUUGAAGUCGUUAAGUUCUUGAUCGUUAAUUUAGUUCCGUUAGAUUAUGUUAGAUUUAAUGAAUAAUCGAUGAAUUCUGCGUGGUAUUAACGUUAAUGGGAGCUGAAAAUUGAAUCAUGUCGAGCGAAGACUGUGUGUAUGUAGGCAUCGACCAAUGUGAAGGAUUUUAUUAUUGCAUUGAACGUUUUCACCAAAUUCACCAAUUGUCUUGCACACCGUUCAUUAUACUGAUCUCAUACCGAGAAUAGUGCAAACCUGUUGCCAUUAUCAACAAUAUUUCACGCGCUAGCCAACAAGGAAAAUUGAACAAAAAAUCUGGUCAUACUGAGAAUUCGGGCGAUUUCCGAAGAGUCUUUACGAUUUUUAUAUUUUUGGCACUUUACAAUGAGUAGAGGGGAUUUUUUGAUCCAGUGCGGCACUGAACAAAGCAGCUUUCAAAAUCUGUUAAUCUGGAGAACUGACAGUUAUACAGACGUUAAACUGAAGAAAUCAAAGAACCUGAGGGGUCAGAACUAUCCAGAUAUCGUUGAUGUCACGGCUAACACGAUUGUGUUUUAAAGCCUACGCCUGUUUGUCGUAAGAUCGACGAGGAUAUGAGUCUCGAGUAACUCGACGAUCGUGACUAUCGAGAAAAGUGUUGUUGUGGGAAUGAUUGCUAUGGAAACAACCAACCCAUGACAGUGCUAUAGGUAGAUCCCACCGAUUUUCAGAAAGUAGCUAUACCGGUACAUGAUCGUCACACAAUAGCUGUUUUGUUAGAAUGUUGGAAAAUGAUGUUGAUUUAACCACAUUACCACCAAUACUUGCAGCAAUGCGAUCACAAUUUCACGGUGAUGGCGGUCUUUCACCUCUCUCUCACACAGAUCGAUCCGAAUUUAAUUUUCCGGUUCAGUUAGCAGCUAACAUUACCAUAAUGUGCCAACAGAUUCAUUGGUUUAACUUUAUUUUGUUGGUUUUGUUGCUACAGCAGACAGAGGUGACAUUUCAAUAAGAAAACGAAAAGUAAAAGAAAACAAAAAAAAUUCUAUUUAAGUGCAAAACAAACAAAACAAAAAACAAGCAACACAGGGCAACUGACAAAAGUGCAAUGAUUUAAAUGAAGAUAAAAAAAAGAAGAAGAAAAAAGUUUAAAACAAAAUUUUAUUAGUUCUAGAAUUUUUAGAUGUUUAUAUACAACACGACAAAUCAAAACUUCCAACAUAGAGAAAAUGUCGCUUUUAUUUAAAAAAAAAAAAGAAAAGAAAAAAGUUCACACAACACAACACACACACACAAUUGUUUCUAUUAUUUGUUUUUUCAUUUUUUUUUUUCCUUUUUAAGCAAAUCGUUUUGUUAUCACAAAUCUUUUUUAUUGUUUUAUUCUCGGAUCUAUAUUUGUAAAUAUAAUUUUUGUUUGAGAGAAAGAAUUUCAUCACACAACAAAAAGAAAAGCCUAAAAACAUUUCUGUUAUAAAAUGGAGAUUAAGUUAAAAUACUAGAAUCAUAAGCGUAGACAAGGAAACAAAACAAUAUGACGAGAAAUAAAUAAUUAAUUGACGUAAAAUAGUAAAUGGCGACAAAAAUAUGCCGGAAGAAGAGUGUGUAUGGUAUGCUAAAAGUUAGCUGUAAACUUUCAGUAAAUCCCGGCGAAUAUUAAGUGAAUUGCGCGGAAUGAAUCACUUUGAGUUGAUCAAAAGAAAAAUCAUCGGCAUUGUUGACGUAUGUCCCUCAGUCGCUAAAAUCAUUCAAAGAUGGGAAAUCAUUUCUGAUUACCAAUAAAUCGAUCACUCAAACAGCAGAUGCUUUGACUUUUAAAAAUAUUUGAGGAUUCUUUCAAAGGAUUUUAUUACUGAUGAAAUUCAGGUUGUGCAAAACUAAGAUAACCGGAUCAUUGAAAGCUCAGAAACAGAUAGAAAGUGGUGUGAUUUCUAGUCGGUAUCAGUGACGUUCAUUUUGUUUAUGUUAGUGCUUCAAUACGGGAGUAGUAAUCAAGCUAAAAUCAGGUCGAUUGCAAAUUGAAGAUUUUACCUCUUAAGAGGCAUCGAUGCUUUGCUGAAAAACAUACAUUUGGGCGUUUUGUAAAUACUAAAUUUUAGUUCACUUUUGAUGAUAACUUUCCACCAGAAUCCUUUUUCAAAAGUAUAAGGCCGCCGUAACGAUCACGAAUGUUGAACUUUAAACAGGAAUGUAGCUCUCUGACCAGCUCUGAGGAAACUGAACAGUUCAUGAAAAUUUCGUUAAACUGUUCAGUUUUCUCAGAUCUCAGUCGUUUGACCGACUACAACCGAAACUAAUUUUUUUCAAAACUACAGUCUCGGAAUUAUAAGAAGUAACAAUUACAAUCCAAUCGACGACGCUAUUCAUUCUAUUAUAACGUAUAAAUCGCAUGUGGAAUGAAUAACGUCGAUUUGAUUGUAAUUGUUGAAAAUAUAACUUCUUCCACCGUAACACAUUAUUGGUCGUUAUUGCUGCCAUACAUUUUUCAAAGAGGUUUCUGAUGAAAAGAUGUCAUCAAAAAUGAAAUAUGAGACACGCAAAUGUAGGCUACAAUUUUAGCUAAGCAUCGAUGCCUCUUAAAUACACUUAUUAUUGUAGCACUGAUAUGCGCACACCUGCGCCGGGUCCACUUAUCUCUUAUUAUCCACUUUGUGCACACAUUGACGUAUGAGUCAUAAGAUAUAAAAGUAUAGAACGAAAGUGGACUAAACCAAUAAGAGUUUGAAAUUCCGGUGGAACUUUAAGGUGUUCAUGACUGAAAGUUGUUUUUGAUUUCAAAAAGUGUUUUCUGACUGACAAAGAAUUUUAUUGGUAUAUCCGUCCCCCGAUCUCGAUGCAAAGCGUCAAAAAUGAUUCGUCAAAAUCACAAUUUUUUGAAUUGAAACUGUUAACUGAAAACCUUAACUAAGUUCAAUUUCUUUUUGUUAAUUGAGUAUCGACCGACACAUCGUUGCAUUGUCUGAUUUCCUUCAAACAUUAUAUUUUGCAGUAAAAACGACCUUUUAGUAUACAAUACAAUGAGCGAAACAACUUGACCACACGAAUUAAAUAUAGAAAAUAAUCACAUUAGCUGGACGGAAUGAAGGAUGAAAGGAAAUAAAUGAAUCAAUUUUACAACAUUUGUAUUGUUUCACCUUGUUUAAGUUUAAUUAAUUGUUAGAAACAAAAACCAAUUUACAAACAAACAAACAAAAUGAAAAUAUUAAAAGAUAUACACAAAAUGGGGACAAAAGAUAUACAUUCAAAUUUUAAGUAAAUUCGUCGUAGGCUUUCUUUUUCUUCUCAAAAUGGAAAUCAAGAAUGGAAGUAAAUUUCAAUUUUUUUUCUUUUUUGUAAACCUUUUAUUUGUAAUAAUUCAAUCAAAAUUUGAUACAUGAGACUGUAUAUAGUUAAAUAAAAGUAUAAAUAAAAUAAACAAAAAACACAUUACUUCGAUAAAACUCUGACCAUACAUAAUGUGGUGGUGUGACAUCAUUGAAUAAAACUGAAUUAUUCGUUUAAAAAAAA